CCAAUCCUCCGCAGACCUUGCGAUCCGCUGGAAUGUCCCAAAUAUAGGAACAAUCAGUCGAAACCACACCAGGGAGGCAUAAUUUCCUGAGUGGGAGCUCUUCCCCCAUUUCUGUCUCCGCCCACCAAUCACUUCAUCACAAGCUUCAUGACAUCUUUGACCUUGACUCUCCUCGCUAUUCUCAACACUUCUACCCUGCAAACACGCAGGAGUGUCUUAUUGCCACAACAAUAGCACGACAAAUUUGGCAAAGCUUGAUGUCGACUUAUUUGUGUCCACGCGGGACAUUCAAUUAUGGCAAAGUAACCCUUUCACUUUGACUUCAACUUCCCAAGUACCCCGUGUGCACCUUGCCACAUAUUCCUGCCUUAUCAGUUGACUGCCGAAUCUCUCGGCUGAUUUUGGGGACAUGAUGUCCUUGGUCCAGUCUGACUGGUGACCGUAAGACUCGCAAUCGCUGGAGGACGUGCAUGUGUGUGUGUGUGUGUGUGUGUGUGUGUGUGUGUGUGUGUGUGUGUGUGUGUGCGUACAUCCCGCUUUAGCGUGACAAUAGCAGAGAAAGUUGAAUUGUUUUUCACCCCGCUGUGGAAAGUGUGACUCUUUUUAUAGCCUUGUAAUGGCCGCAACAUAUUGUGUUGUUCUUAAACAAGGAAGUCCAUUUCUAACAAUGUUUUUGUUUUUUUUGUGGUUGUAGUUUGCACUGCAUCAUCUUCAAUUAGUUAUCCCAAAUAGCUAAGCAUCUGUUUUAAUGCAAUGCCCAUUGAGUUCCUCGCGCCCCUCUUUUGCCCUCUCCACGAGAACAAUUGGGCGUCCGCACAAACAAUGAGCCAAAGGAAAAGCCCAGGGUGGAGUAGGUGGGGUGGCAGGGUCCCAGCUUCAGGGUGGAAAUUAAGGUUUGAGGCCCCCCAAAUUUGUGUGUGCAUGUAUUCUGGAAAUGACUUUUCUUUUUUAGGGUUGAUCAUAGUGCCCUCUGUUGCUCUGCUAUGAUUCUAACAUGAAGUAAAUGCAUUUUAGUCCAGUUUCAACCCAGUGUCUUUAUUUCCCCCAAUGUAUUUAAUCAUUUUGUUUUAAAUUCAAUGUCUACCAAUGCGCUAAUCAAACAUUACAAUGACACAAAUUUAUUUAAAAAAACUCCUCCUGAAUCCAGAGUUAAAUGACUGAGGUCAUGGCUGACGUUUCCCGAUUGAGCGUGACUCUGUCUCCAUCAUGUGGCCAAUAGGUGCAUUGCAGUCACUUGACGGCGCCGCAUUCCGGCUCGUCAAAAGCCCUUUUUGCCCUUCACGUUUCUGUAUUUAGACUAAGGCGGUCACAACCUGUUCCACUGGCUUAUCUCGACGAUAAAUAAAAACAGAUACAUGAGGGUAAACACAGGACAUGCAGUAUAAAAACGUCCUCCAAAUGCAGCAGUCCCCUUUGAACUGAUUUCACUGAUUGAUUGGAGUCCACGCUUGCGCAGUAACUCUUUUCGGACGCGAGCGCGCAUAGGAGCGUGGUAGCAGCAGCGCGCAUGCGUGGAAGAGAGUCGCGGGGGGUGUAAAGAGAGUCGCCGGCUCAAUUUCCAUCCCGGCUGCACACUUGCAUCCAUCAGCUGGACACGACGACGAGCCGGCAGCGGGAAUACUGAACCGGACACGCCAUGGGCAACCUGCUGCUCACCACCGGGCUGUUUACAACCGGGGCGCCCCCACCCCAAACUGAGAGCAGAUUCACCAGCGUGCCCAUCAGCAGAGGCAUCACCUACUACCGGGCGCGCCACCCUUGGCCCACUUCCUCCACCACCCAUGACCCACUUCCUGCCACUCUGAUCCCAUCACAAGCCUCCCCGCCUCGCCCCCUCCUCCUCUUCUUCUCGUGGCUCGGGGCCCACCCGGGGGCGGCAGCCAAGUACUUUGACGCCUUCCUGAUGCGGGGCAUGGACGUGCUGCUGGUGCAGAGCGGCGUCAUGCACUUUCUGUGGCCCCGCUGGGGGCUGGACUAUGGGCUGGAGCUAUUGGAGGUCCUGGAGGCGCCCGAAUUAGCUGGGCGGCCCCUUCUGGUGUACGCCUCGUCCAUCGGGGGCUACACCUUCGCGCAGGUGCUUGUCCACGUGGCCGACGGGCACGCCAAGCAUGCCACUCUGCCCCACCGGGUCGUUGGCCACGUCUACGACAGCCUGGUCGCCGGAACCCUGGAGCACAUGGCCACAGGUUUAGGCAGGACACUGGCGCCCCUCCUGGAGCGCAUCAUUAAGAGUACGGCCAUGUUGUACUUCUGGCUCUUCAAAGCCAGCACGGCCGACGUGUACCAGCGCGCCAUCCGGGUGUUCGCCAACAGCCCCGUCAUGGCCCCGGCACUCUUUUUUUCCAGCGAGGAUGACGCUCUGUGUGACGGUGACGUCCUGGAUUCCAUUGUGGCCGGUUGGCGGCGCAGGGGCGUUGCCGUCUACAGCAGGAAGUGGAAGGUUUCAAAGCACGCCGCGCACAUACGUUGCCACCCGGAGGAGUACCGACACACGCUGGAAGCCUUUUUGGACUCGCUGCCUUUAAGCCCACCUCUUCUUGGCACAAAUGUACAAUAAAUAUUUUUUUCAUGACACCCAUCCAUGAACUGUAUUUGCCUAAUGAAAUUUUAUUCCCUGGAGAGUGUAGGUUGGUUGCAGUUCUCAAAAUGUCCACAAGAGGGCACUUCUCCCCCAUAGAUGCUUAAACCAACAUUUUCCAUCCAUCCAUCCAUUUUCCGAUGGGCUUUAUCCUCACAAGGGUCGCAGGGGGGU